UCAAGGAUCCAAAAAAUAGACUUGUUUGUGUGUUACCAAGAAUGUUUCGGAGAGAUGUAUAUGGUUAACUUCGAAACCUUGAGUGAAAAGCUUGCUGAAACAAGCUUCAGGAUAAAGAAGUGGUGGAAGGAGAAAGAAGAAAGAAGUCUUUGUUUCAGGCUUUCAGCUGCGAGCAAUGAACCAAGGACAAAAUGAUCUUACGCCGCAGGCCUUUUAAGAUAAGAGAUGGGAGAGAGAAAGAACAUGGGGUGUUUGGGUCCCAUAGAGUGUGAGGGACAAAAGAAAGAGAAAUGUGGGCCCCACACACCGCCCAUGCGCACGCUGUCUUACCAAAACUGAACCCAUCAUCGACCCGAUACCUUGACCUAACCCUAAACCAACAACACUACAAGCAAAAAGCUAAAAAAGGGAGACUACCCAAAUUUCAUUCUCUCUCUCUCUCUCUCACCUUUGCCUUCUCUUCUCAAUUAUCUUCAUCGGAAGAGAUUAAUUCAAACAGCCUGUCAAAGAUCAAACUCUCCACUCACAUCAAGGCUAAAGACAAGAAGCAUGGGCUUGAUUCAACUCUUUCAGCUCAAAUUUUGGUGGCUGCUGCUUAAAAGUCACUCUUUUUCCGUUGUCUGCUGAAGGUCAGUAGCUUUCGAUCUAUCGACACCCCCCACCCACAAAAAAAAAAAAAAGCAAGCAAACAGACAGAAUCCAAGGAUCUCUCUCUCAAUUUAGUUGGUCUUCUGUAUAAUAGAGCUAAUUAGGGUAAAUUACAAGAAACAAAGAAAUGGAUCCUGUUGCAGCACAUGGUCGUCCUCUUCCACCUCCUUUCCACACCAGAGAUCUUCAUUUACAUCCUUACCAUCAAUUUCAACACCACCAACAGCAGAAUUCUGACGAAGAACAAAGUGGUAACGGGAGCUUAAGCCGUGGUCAAAAGCGAGAGCACGACGAGAUCACUACCACCACCGCCCCAGCCACUAACACUAACACUGCUGAAGGAAAAGAACUAGUUCGUGCAGCAGCUGGUGGAGAUGAAGAGAUCACAAGAAGACCCCGAGGAAGACCUUCCGGGUCCAAGAACAAGCCAAAACCACCGAUCAUAAUCACCAGAGAUAGCGCCAAUGCCCUUCGAUCCCAUGUCAUGGAAAUCGCCAACGGCUGCGAUAUUAUGGAGAGUUUAUCAACUUUUGCUAGGCGGAGGCUAAGAGGGGUUUGCAUUUUGAGUGGAACUGGAACGGUAACUAACGUCACACUUAGGCAGCCGGCGUCACCUGGAGCAGUGGUAACUUUACAUGGAAGAUUCGAGAUUUUAUCGCUUUCAGGGUCGUUCUUGCCACCUCCAGCGCCACCAGCUGCGUCGGGCUUGACCAUAUAUUUAGCCGGUGGUCAAGGGCAAGUGAUUGGAGGUGGUGUGGUGGGUCCUCUUCUUGCAUCUGGGCCGGUGGUGAUUAUGGCUGCUUCUUUUGCUAAUGCGGCAUAUGAGAGGCUGCCGUUGGAGGAGGAUGACGGGCAGGAGCCAGUGCCCGGAAGUGGGCCUCUAGGCUCACCUGGAAUUGUAGGCCAACCGCAGCAACAAACACAGCAGCAGCACGAGCAACAACUAAUGCAAGAUCCAAACCCAUCCCUUUUUCAAGGGUUGCCACCCAAUCUACUAAAUUCAGUGCAACUGCCAGCUGAGGCCUACUGGGGCACUGCACGCCCUCCUUAUUAGUAACGGAAAAGAAAAUGCGUUUUUCUUCUUCUUUUUUCACGUUUUUUUUCGUCUUUUGUUUCUUCGUUUCUAAAUUAUCAAUCCUGAUUAUUCUUCUUCUUCCUUAGUUAGGGUAUGUUCAAGAUGUUGAUGAUCGUGGUAUUAAUCUGCCUUUGAUUGAAGAA